AUGGGAUCAUUGUACGAGCUUCCAGCUACAAGCCGUAAUCCCUCAACUAACGCCUCAUUCAGACCGGAACGCGACAUGGCUCCGAAUAUCGACUCGGCGCUGGGUACGGCCGACAUGGCCAACGAGCAGCGCGGCCUGCUCGAGCUCAUUGACAAGCUGCAAUUUGCCCAGCUCGACAAUGUCAAGCUGCCCCAAAUCGUCGUCGUCGGCGACCAGUCGGCUGGAAAGAGUUCCGUGCUCGAGGCCAUCACCGGCACGCCCUUCCCCCGCGAUGCAGGCGCAUGCACGCGCUUCGCGACCGAAAUCCGUCUACGCAGAUCCAACGAGCCGAGCCUCAACGUCUCCAUCAUCCCCGACAAGAACAAGACUUUCAAGGAGCAGGAGCGCUUGAAGCAAUUUGGCGGCGCCGUCGACGUCGGCAUGUCGUUCGAGUCGCUCAUGAGGUCGGCUGUGGACCUGAUUGCGCCAAAGAAUAUUCCCGGCAGGUUCGCCGCCCGUGAUAUCUUGGUGGUCGAGAAGAGAGGUCCCGACAUGCCUCUGCUCACGCUGGUUGAUCUGCCUGGUCUCGUCAAGAACGCCAACAACGACCAGUCGAUGGACGAUAUCAAGACCAUCGAGACCCUCUGCGACCGCUACAUGAAGAGCUCGCGCACCAUCAUCCUCGCCGUCGUUGGCGGCAACACAGACUACGUACAGGCGCCCAUCCUUACCAAGGCGCGCCAUUUCGAUCCAUCUGGCGGCCGCACCAUCGGCGUCCUGACAAAACCCGACCUCUGCGAGUCUAUCGGCCUGGAAGACAAAUUCAUCGAGCUUGUCCAGAACAGGGACAAGCAGAACUACUUCAAGCUGGGCUGGUACGUCCUCCUGAACCCGGGUCCCCGCGACCAGGGCCAACCUUGGCCAUCAGCGCGCGAACGCCGCCAGCGUGAGGAGGAGUUCUUUGGCCGUGGCAAGUGGCGCGCCCUGCCCAGCUCGAUGUGCGGCGCCAACGCCCUGAAGCAGAAGCUCAGCGUUCAGCUGCAACGCCACAUCGGCCGGCACGUCAAGACGCUGCGCAAGCAAAUCCAGACGGCGCUCGACGACUGCGACACGGAGCUCAAGUCCAUGGGCACUGGCAAGGACACGGUCGAGGAGAUGCGCAUCGAGCUCGUCGAGCUCUUCUCGGCCUCCAAGGAGUUGGUCAUUCCAGCCGUCUACGGUUUCUACAAGAACCCUCCCCGUAAGAACUUCUUCCGCGCGACGGCAGACCCUCGCGGCACGCCCGCUCAGAACUUGCGUGCCCGCGCCAUUGAAGAGAAUGAGAAGUUCUCACACCGAAUCCGCCAAAACGGCCGCAAGUUCGGGUUCUCGUCCUCGACAGCACCCGGCACCGCGGACGGCGUCACCAUCAGCGAGAGCAGCAAGAGAGAGUUCGUCGGCAGGGAAGUCGAGAUGCUGCUCCGCCAGAUUCGUGGUUCCGAAUUCCCCAUGGACCCCAAGCCCCGCGCUGUCUACAUGCUCUUCCAGAGCUAUUCGGAGAACUGGCCCAAGCUCGCGCAGGAACACAAGGACAACCUCGGCGUCGUGUGUAACGAGUUCCUCAGCGAGGUCAUUGACUUCGCGUGGCCGCAACGCAUGCGCGAGCCGCUGCGCUACCAGUUCCUGGAUGUGCAGAUGAAGAAACUCAUGGCGGAUGCGCAGCAGGAGCUCGAGCACCUCACGCAGGACAUGAACCUCGAGAUCCAGCCUUACGACCCCGAGUACGAAGAGCGUCUCCGCAAGUGGCAGAUCGAGUCUAGCAAGGAUGGUGCCACCUACACCGAGGCGCAGGAGGUGUGUGAGAAGAUGUUGAUCUUCUAUGAGCUGGCGGCCAAGACGUUCAUCCGCAACACCAUCACACAGGUCGUCGAGAGACAUCUGCUGCAGGGCAUGUACAGCAUCUUCAAUUCUGUUGAAAUCCUGAGCAUGCCGAACGAGACUGUUGAGGCGAUUGCCGCCGAGAACAAGGAGACGCGUGAUCGCAGGAUGACGCUCAAGACGCAGAAGACGGCGAUCGAGGAAGCUCGCGACAUCUGCGCCAGCUUGGCCAUGCGUAAGGAGCUGAGGAUGUACGCCGAUGAAGACCGCGACCUCGAGGACAACAGUUCCGACUCUGACGAAGACAAACCUCGUCAGACAACGACGCGAAAGCCAGUUAACAACAACAACAACACCACCACCACCUCCAACACGAUCCCGAGCCGGGAAACAAACCGUUCGACGCGCUCUCGCGAUGAACGCGAGGAACGUUACGAGCGCCCGGCAGCACGGACGCAGCCCUCUGCCGCCGAGUCUCUGGCGACCAACGGCAACCACGGCUACAGCAGUCAACAGACGCCCGCGCAAGCCCCUCCCCCUCCUCCUCCUCAGGCGCAGGCCCCGGCUCCUCAUCGAGUUGAACGGGCGGAGCCUCCACGCACGAACACGAGCAACUCGGAGUGGGAAGAGGAGUACUACAGGGCGCCCUCGCAGCAGGGGGCGCCUGCGCAGGCACCCCCGCCCCCUCCCCGGCCUCAGAAGCUGAGGCCCGAGGAGGCGGCGUCGGACGCGUACAGCCACCGCUCGGCAUCGUCCGUGUCGGAGCAGCAGCACGCGAACGGAUACGGCAGCUAUCACGACCAGGGCGAGUAUGCGCCGUCGUCCACCAGACGGGCGACGGCCAAGAAGCUGUUUGGUAGAGGUUAG